AUGAUUAAAAAAUUAAAUAAAAGGAGUAAUCUUUAAUCUGCUCCUGAAAUAAUAAGAACAAGACAAAAGCCUCAUUCGGAUUUGGAGAUUGAGAAUUUGGUUAUGCAAGACAUUCGAAAGAAAAUAUUGAAUGAUGAAAUGAAUACUAUUUAAUUUUAUGAUAUAGUGUAACCCGAUUAGGAUGAAAUGAUUGCUACUUUAAAAGACUCUUAAAAGAAACCCAUUAAAUUACAUAGGAGAGUAUAAAGAACCGAUUUGGAGAGCAAACUGAGGGCUAGAAUAUCUAACGAGCCAGGCUCAAAGUUAUUGUUAUAAGAAAUGUAAUACAUUCAAGAAUAUUUGUGAGUUAUGAGAAAUUAGAAGAGGAUCCUGGGAAAAAUGCUAUUCCUACACAUAAGAAAUUACAUUAAGAGGAAUAGCUCAAAGUGGAUUUGCGAUAUAAACCUGAAAGUGAGGAUCAAUUAGUGGCAAAUUUGGAUUAAUGGUAUAAAGGAAUAAAAAGGAAACGGAAGCAGCAUCAGUAUCAAUUGAGAUAAGAGUAAGAGAAUGAAAGUACUAUAAUUUUAAGAUUUAAAAGGACUGACUAAAGCCUAAAUGUAAGAAAGAACCUAAUCUUUAAUACAAUAAAGGAGAGGGGGUUUAAAUGACAAAACCAAACCGAUGUAAGCUACAUCCUCUUUUCCAAAAUUACUAAUUGAUUCAGCAAAAACAGAAAAUGAAUAAAGCACUUUUAAGUAGAAGUUGUUGGGAUCGUUGAAAAAAAUUACUGCCCUUAAAAAGAUUGAGACUCUUCACCAAGAUCCCUCUUUGAAUAAAUAAUUAGACAAAUAUUUAUAACAAGGGUCCAAUCUAACUAAAUAAGAAUUAGCAUAGAUCGAAUAAGCCAAAGCCAAACAAUAUGGGGAUGAUUAAAACAAUGGAACUUUAAUUUUCGAUUAUACUGUUGAAGGAUUGAAGAGUAGUUUACAUACUAUGAUUAAAAUGUAAUUAACAUCCUUUCAGAAUGCAAGUGAUAGAGCAAUAUUCUAUGAAAAAUAAACUAAUUAGAUUUUACUAUCUAUAAAUUAAAGACUUGAUAGACAAAAAAAUACGGUAAAGAGGAAUGAAAAAGACUUAGAAAUAUUGAGAAUUGAAAAUCAUGAAAUUCAUAAAAAAUUGAGGGGAAUAUAAGAUUUUGUAAUAAACUGUAUUUUUAUUUUAGUUAAAAGAGAGAAAGGAGGAACUUAUAGGAAUUAAUAAAAAACCAUAGCAGUCAAUUAAUUCACCUAAUAUAAAAAAUAACUCCAGUUAGGUUGACAAUUACAUGGUCAUUGCAGUUAAAUAAAAUGAAUUAGAGGCUUAAAUUGAAUAGAUGAAAGAUAAUUAUAACAAAUUUUCAGAAUAAAUGAAAUUAAAUUCAAUAUAAAUAGAAAAAUUAGAGUAAGAAAACUCUAAACUUAAUAAGAACAAUAAGACUCUUCUAAAAUCUAUAUAAGGCUUUUUAUUAGAACUUCUUAAAUUAGGCUUAGAUUGUAGAACUUAAGGUUUAUCUUGGAUAAUUAAGGCUAUUUGGGAUUCAGGCGAAAAAAUAGCAGAUUCAAAUUUUCCUCCUUAUUUGGAUACCAAAGCCAGAGAUUUUCUUUUUAUUCGGACUAAAAAGACAAUAGAACUAAAUGAUCUUUAUAAAAAAGCGCACCUCUUAUUCAGGAAUUAUAGAGACACAACAAUUGAUACAGGAAACAAUUCAGUAGUGUCUCUAUUAUCAAAAAACUAUUUUUCUUAAAUUGAUUCAUUAGAAAUUAAAAAAUAACACAUUGAUUAAAUAAAAUAAAGAUAAUUAAAUGAUGUAGCCUUAUUAACUGAAGGGUUAAGCCCAACUGAAUAUAAAUUAAUAGAAAAAACAUUUACUUAAAUAUUUUAAAGAAAGGAAACUCUAAACGAUAUAAUCUAUUUGGAAGCUUCAAAGAAGAUAUCGAAAAUGUUUAAGUAAGAAGGGACUUAAGAAUAAUCAAUUGUGUUCAGUGAGAUAAACAACUUUGAAAAGGAUAGGCUGAUAAAAGAGUACCAAUAAAUCUAAAAGGAUAUUGAAAUGAAAGAGAAUUAAUUUUAAAAAUUGGAAGAAACAGAAUUGCAGAGAUUAAUAAAGGAGAUCGAUUAUAAGAAUUAUUUGGCAAGGUUAGAAACUUAAUAUUUUAUAGAUUUAACAUUGAAGCAUUGCAAGUAUUGGCAGCACAAUUUGGAUAUUAAAAAGCAGAGAGAGAGUUGAUUAAAUAUGGGUUGUUGCAUAAAACUGUGAAUAAUUGA